UCCCGCGAUCCCGCACAAAAACGCAGCAGUACAGUCAAUAUCGUGUUACAUGUGCGGGCGCCGCGCACCCCAGGAGCUCCCGGCGCUCUGUGGGCUGUGGCUGCGGACCUACCCACCGGCCGAGCCGCGCUCCCUCCUCCCGCUCCCCGACCCCGGAUUGCUCUUGUUCUUUGCCUCGCCGGAUUGCUGCGGUGCCUCUUGCUCUUCUUCGCGGUCCAGCCUCCAGCCUCUCUUUCGCGGGGGGGACUCUUGCCCAUUUCCUGAAGAGGAUCCUCUCGCCCGUGGGGAUGUUGGCCGCAGGUUCGCGCUCGCCGCGCUCCGCGGAUGCGCGCGCCUAGGAUCCGGAGGAGACUCGGUUCUCCCGUCCGCCCGCCCGUCUCUCCGUCUCUCCGCACCUGCUGCCUCAAGUUUUCAUGAAGGCGUCGUCGGGCUUCGCCGCUCCCGUGGAUUUGCUCUCGUUUCACGCAAACAGCCGCGCUUUUUUGCCAGUUUAGGCGAGAACGAGUGUCCGCCCGUUGGGAUUUACCCCUCGGUACCAUGAAGACCGCCGUUCUCGAAGGAUGCAGGCUCCUGCUCCUUGCGUUGUGGCUGCCAUCUGCGUCAGGAACAGAGGGCUGCCCAGCGAUGUGUGUCUGCUACAGUGAGCCGCGACUUUCUGUGGCUUGUCAGCAGCAGGGACUCCUCUCCAUUCCUACUGAUAUCCCUGGGCAGAGCCAGAGGAUCUUUCUGCAGAACAACCGGCUGACAGCAGUGCGCUCCACUAGCUUUAGCUCCUGCCGCAACCUCACGGUCCUCUGGCUCUACUCCAACAACAUCAGUCACAUAGAGGCAGGUGCCUUCUACGGCCUGGGCCGACUGGAGGAGCUUGACAUUGGUGACAAUGGCAACCUGCGCAAUAUUAGCCCGACGGCUUUCCGUGGCCUGUCCAGGCUGCACACCUUACACCUACACAGGUGCGGCCUCUCCGAGUUACCCGUCGGGGUGUUUCGGGGCCUCUUCUCCCUGCAGUACCUCUACUUACACGAUAACAACCUUCUUACCCUGCACGACGAAACUUUCCUCGAUCUGGCCAAUCUCUCUUACCUGUUCCUUCACAAUAACAAGAUCAAGACUGUGUCUGACCGUAUGCUGCGAGGCUUGGUCAACCUGGACCGCUUACUCUUUCACCAGAAUCAUGUGAAUUUUGUCCAUCCCAGAGCGUUCCAUGACCUGGGAAAGUUAACCACUUUGUUCCUUUUCCACAAUAACCUGACAGUACUGACUGGGGAGACCAUGGAGCCUAUGGUGUCUCUUCAGUAUCUGCGUUUAAAUGGAAACCAGUGGAUAUGUGACUGCAGGGCUAGAACACUUUGGGAGUGGUUCAAGCGCUUCAAGGGAUCCAGCUCCGAGCUGGAGUGUCAUGUUCCUGCAGCUCUUGCCGGAAAAGACUUAAAGAGACUGAGGAGCAGUGAUUUGGAAGGGUGCGUUGAUAAUGCACAUCAGACUCGAACCAGUAUCGUAGGCACCAAAAUGCGGUCUGGAAAGUACCCCACCAUAGAGACCCCUCUCUGGGGAGGGACUCCUAGGUGUUGUCUCCCAGACAGUGAUAAGUCAUCCAUCAUCUCCAGCAAGAGCUUGCCCGAUCCUUCAUCCUACAACAGUCGCCAGAUCACCAACAGCUCCCCAAAGGAGAAGGAGAACAUUGCCAAGACCAAGUUCUCAGAAGCAGACCAGAUGGAGAAUGGCACCCGUAACAAGCAGAACUUGAACGAUGGGCCUGGCCCAGGAAACUCCAACCUGAAUCAGUCCCUGGGAAAAGUCAAGCCGGAUCUUACUGAUGGCAUGGAGUCAUCCACAGACCCGUCAAGGAAGAAGAAAAAGUGCUCCAAGAAAGUGCGGUCAGAUGCUCAGUGCCUCAAAAGCAAUGGUUCCCCCACUCGAGCAUUGGACAUCCUUGUUUUAUCUGUACUGUGGCUGUCCUUAACCAUCUGCUGGACUUGGUAAUGCUAGAGAGAGCAAGAAAGAUCCCUCCAAGAUGUCACUACUGGACAUGUCAGACUGUGGAAUUUUCUCAUGAACUUUCUCAAAGAAAGAAGAGGAGAAGGGGACACACUUGAUCCUAAGGGAAAGAAGAUGCUAUAGUUAAAAAUGAGAAAAAAAGAAAAAAAAAAAAAAAAAA